GGCACUCAGAGUCAUUGUCUAUUUUCUACUUUAUUUUCAUGUAUUUAUUCCGAGACCUUUUGCCCUUGGCGCUCACGAGCAGCAUCACAGAACACCUCCCAGUGUAUCAGCUCAGGACCUCCAGUAAGAAAUGCCAAAGAUUGUCUCUCGCAGUGCCGUUUCGACCUCUACCGACGCAGUCCCAACUGAAAGCGCAUCUGCAUCACUGAAGGUAUAUUAUUGUCUCUGUGGGGAGUUCGCACUUGUUAUCGACAAGGAUAUCACUCUUCUACCCCGAAGAAAGACGGAUGGAGCGCUGAUUCUAAGAGCACAGGGGGUCGAGGGGCAAACCAAAGCUCAAAUAUUCAAACUUAAUGUGAACAUCUCUGACCCCAUUUUCAUCAAAAGGGACAACAGUCUAGAACUCCAAUACAGGUAUACAUGUACUCGAUGCACUCUUCCCAUUGGAUACCAGACUACUCCUCCAAUUAAGUCCGGGCCUUAUGUUUACCUGAUCCAUGGCUCAGUCACGCAGCAACAGGGGGUUGUGCCCCAUGCAGCCUUUGAAGGCGAAAAUGAGACAUACGAGGCCUUGAGGGCCCGUGAAGAACUAGAAAUUAACCCCCCAUCAACGGCUCCAGAAUAAUCACAGCAAUGCUUCCGACACAGAGUCAAGUGGUAUCGGAAGAUUGUUGCAGUGGUAGAUCAUUCGCCAAAUGGAUUGGGAGGCUCUUAAUACUUGGUGCCCAUCUUCGCUUUUGAAGCCCUUUACUCCAAGGUUCCCAUGUUUGGCAUCACAUCUGACUGUUUUACAUUAUAACCCGGCAAGCCGCGUCUUGAAAAGGCGGGUGCUGCUACAUGUUCAUUCCUUCCAUACGCCUUACGAAGAAUUCCUGCCCUUUGCCUCGCUUCCCGUCAUAACCUUGAACAGAUCAGCUUCCUGGGAGACUUCGACCUCCGCUCCCGCAUUGCAGUCAGCUCGAAGU